AUGACUUCUUCAUUGGACUAUAUGAUGUUUGUAUUGAAUUUGGUCCUGGAAAAAUGCGAGUUUCGAGAAAUAGUUUCCCUUCGAAAAGUGUGCAGAUCCUUGCGAAAUUUCAUAGAAUCGACUUCUCCCGAUCUAAAAUUGCCGUGUAUUAUCCUAAAAGUGUAUGAUUCGAAAAUCACAAUUAAUUAUGGAAAUGAUUUGAAUAUUCGAUACCUGAAGUUAGAAAAUGGAGUUGGUGUUGGUUUGCAAGAGGAUAAUAAGCUUACUGUUCUGGAAAACGCCAAUUUGUCGGAUGUGGUCAUUGAAGAUUUGAAAUUUGCAUUGACCUUUCAAAAGUCAAAAAUGAAACAGUUCAGCUUACGAUGGGAUCUUAAAGAGGAAUUCGAUACUGGAGAUUUUGUUAAAAGAUUGGAAAACAUUUUGGAGUCAAACUCCUUAUCAACUAGAGCGUUUCACAUGGAAGCUCAUAACCAAACGGAAAUCUUAUCCCUCUUAUCGAAUCUUGAUUCCCAAUUACUUGAAGAAUUAUGGGUUUUUAAUCCAGACAAACAAAAUCCAGGAGGGUUCAUUGAUUUGGAUCAAGUUGUUGAUUUGGAUCAAUGGAGAAAUAUUAAAUCGAUUGGGAUUCCAACAUUUUCGAUUUCUGAAAAUUUGCUUCCAAAAUUCUCUCAUUUUGUUUGGUGUGUUUUAACUUUUGAAGAAAUUUCGUUGGAAGGUGUGGUAGCUUUGAAAAAUGCUCUGCUUCAAUCACCAACGUUUCAAAUCUGUGACUUCUACUACAAAAGUUUGAAAGCAACCGAUGAACAAGUUGAAGAAGAAUUUGGGGUACCACAACUUGAGACCAGAGGCAAAAAAUGGUUUUCGAAUAUCGAAGGAUCUGAACAAAUGCUUGAAAUUGUGCAAGAAAAAGGAGUAUAUUCAAGAUUCCUUUUCUCAAAAACGAAUCCAGAUCCAGUGCUGGAAAAUGAAGAAGAUCAGAUAAUUUCAAAAAAUGCUCCAAUUUCUAUACGUUACUUUUUCAACUGUUUCGAAUUUUCUAGAAUAAUAGAAUUUCAGUCGAUCGUGAAAUUAACGUCGGGGUCCACCAACCGUCCGCCGACCGUGCGCCGACCAGGCGCCGACCGACAGCCGACCGAUAGCCGACUACCGGCCGGCUGCCAGCCGACCGCCAGCCGACCGAAAGCCGACCGCCAGCCGACCGCCAGCCGACCGCCAGCCCACCGAACUCUUGCAUUUUCGCGUCAACAUGCCGGAUGUACGCGUAGAACAAACUCCACUAUUCUGGCGGCAUAUUCCAAUGAUUUAGAUGAAUAUGAUGUGAAUGUGUUGAGGUCAUCUAUUGUUUUCGAUAAUUUCAUUUUCUAUGGAUACAGCAUGUUUGCUAAUGUCAGAUUUGAUGUUAAAGUGGAAGAAGAAAUUCAGUAUCAUUCGGAUCGUUUUAGCUUCAAUGCAUCGAUGUCUGCUCGUAUGCCGGACCCGAGCCUUGGCUAUAAUGAUACUACAACUGGAAGCGAUGUAUUCAAUGUUCUACAAAAAUUCCUGCACAACAAACAAGCUCCAAUUUGUGGAGCUCUGGUCUACAUUGUUGCCAAACGCUACCCGAAUGACAAAACUCUUACUGAUCUUAUCACUCAACUUCGUGAUAACCAUAUUUUCGUUUACAUUGUAGCUCACAAUGUCCGAUCCGGAGGAAGCAAUCCGGAAGCGUUGUAUGAGGUGGCAGACAAAACGAAUGGGUUCUGCAUUUUUAACAGUGGUGUCAACUUCUGGGUCAGUGUCAGUGAACUAAGCUACGUCAAUUAUCGACCAUAUCAGUUUCAAUCUCAAACAUUCAAUGUCUCGGGGACCGGUAGGCUGGAAUUGCCGGUUUGGCAAACUCCUAACCCAACUCAAUACAGUGAACAAAUGCUGGUGGUCAUUAUUGUCCAAAAUCAUAGUCUCUCCAAUUUCAUCUCCCUGAACUACACCAUUGAAACUACAGAUAAAAUGUUCGUGUGGGUUGGACCUGAUCAAAGUUCUGGGUAUCCUCGAUUUGGAACUGGAAUUCUUGCUCAGCCUCAGCUCAACGGGUCCACCGAUUACAAGUGGACCAUUGACUAUCACUACUCGAACAACGAGCCGCAACAAAUUGAGACGAGACUCUACAGUAAUUACUAUCACGAUUUCCUCCCGCUUCCUCCAAUGUGA